AUGCACCACUCACAAAACCACCACCACCCUUCUUUUACUCACUUAGCUUCCGAUGGAGAACCGAUCAUCGGCGGAGAAUGACGGCAGCGGCGGAGACGUGAAGUACCGGGGGGUGCGCCACCGUCCUUGGGGGAAAUUCGCUGCGGAGAUACGCGACUCGGCGAGGAACGGGCAGAGGAUAUGGCUGGGGACAUUCGACACGGCGGAGGAGGCGGCCAGGGCUUACGAUCGGGCCGCCUACGCGAUGAGAGGCCACAUUGCCGUCCUCAACUUCCCUCACGAGUAUCCAAUGGGCCGGGGCCCAUCCGCUGCCUCGGCCCGCCGCGGUUCAUCGUCUUCUUCUUCUUCUUCGGCUCAUCAGGUUGUGGAGUUCGAGUACUUGGACGACAGGUUGCUGGAGGAGAUGCUGGAGCAAGAAGAGAACAGGAGGAGGAGCCACCGUUUUGAUGAUUAAUGGCUCUCUCUAGCUAGCUAGCUUGAUAAAUUGAAGCCAGCUAGUAACCUUUCUAAGUUGAUGAUUGUGACCUAUACAUAUAUGUAUGUGCAACAAGCAGUAUUCAUAUAGAUAAAUUUAUGAGCUGACGGUGAAGUUUCUACCUGAUGCUUCAGGCCUGUGGCCAGAGAUAAUGGCGGGAAUUUGUAAAGUACGUACAAUCGCUAUCCAUCAAUUUGGAAACCAUUAUUAAUUUUAUACAAAUCAGCCGGCUUAAUGAAUAUUGAGUUACAAU